AUGGACGUGCGCAGAAUAUUGUUAGUAGGACUCGGUAAUCAUACUCAUCCUAACACUCGUCACAGUGUGGGUUUCCUGGCAGUGGAUUACAUAGCAGAACAAUUAGGACUUAAGUGGACUCGUGAUAAAAAUUAUAUUGCCAACGUUGCAUCUACUACAUUAUCAAUUGAUCUUCCGCGAACAAAACAAAAAAAGCAAAAGGAGAAGAAAGCUGUUCGAAUAAAGGAUUUGCAAGAGAGUAACAAAAAAGUUGAUAACAAUGAUAUUGAGAACAUAGCAUUGGACGAUAAUGAUACGAAGGAGAAUCAUGAAAAUAAGAAUGAGAAUAAAAGUGGGAGUGAGAAUGGGUUGAUCGGGGUAAAAACCAAAAAAAGAGACAUAGAGCAGCCGAGAGUCGAACCUAUCAGAUUGGAGAUGACUCUGAUGAAGCCUGGUUUACUGAUGAAUCUAAGUGGGAAAUCCGUUGGCAAAGCAGUGAGGAACCUCCACAUUUCACCAUCGAAUAUCAUCGUAAUACAUGACGAUAUGCAGCGAGAACUUGGAAAAAUCAGUCCCAAGUUCGGGGGAAGUGCCAACGGACACAAUGGAAUAAAAUCAAUAAUAGAAUGUUUGCGUACGGAUCAAUUCCAUAGGUUACGGAUAGGCAUUGGCAGACCACCAAGUCAUAUUGAUGAUCGCUCACAUGCGGUUGUGUCCUCAUACGUACUGCGGGCAUUCACUCGUGCAGAGAAGGACAUGUUAUUGAAUGAAGUAUUCCCGAAGAGCAAAGAUGAAGUCAUAAGACUCUGUACAACUGGGACAAAAUGA